UUACAUAUUUCACGUAGACCUACAAGACCGUCAAUUCAAUUCCCAAUCCACUCAGAUGCUCUCAGGCUUUCAACAUUGAAAGCCUGAAUUUUGAAAACCCCUUUUUUCAACAUAUGCUAAACCUGAAUUUUAUGCAUAAUUAGUGCAAAAAGCGAUGGAAUUCUUGGGAAUUAUUCAGAAAGGGGUUUUCUUUUUGACCGUAUGAAAUUGAAUUCGAAUUGUUGAAACAUCAUCGUAUUGUAUUUUCAUUCUAUUUUUUUUUUCUUUGCGGCGAAAAUGGGCGGCGAGCACUCCGAUUCUUCACCGCUGGUGGCGCCGAUGCCCGCCAAAGACCCUUCUGAGAUUGACCUCGAGGCGGGGCCUGAUGAGCAAAUUCAGUGCCGUAUUUGCCUCGAAACCGACGGUAGGGAUUUUAUUGCUCCUUGCAAGUGCAAAGGGACAUCAAAAUAUGUUCACAGAGAAUGUCUGGAUCAUUGGCGUGCUGUGAAGGUUAUUUCUCUCUUUGCAUAUUUGGUGUAUCUUAUAGAUGGUUACCAGAAAUUUUGGCUUCGUCUGACAUGCGGUUUUGACAGCGAAAUUAGCUUCUACUACAUAUGUGUAUAUGUGCCGACUGCCACUUGCCUGGCACUCUCUGUAUGUGGGCUGAUUGUACCUCGUGCUUCGAAGGUUGUGCCAGCGCGGUUAGCGAAUGUGGUUGCCUUGGGGGUGCCGUGUGUUAGUGGCCACAAUGGUCGGGCAGAGGAUUUGGCAGAGGCACUAUCACAUACUCGCCAAAAGGAUGCUAACAAAAUCGAGGAUGUCGAUGGUGAGAUGACGGGAGGCGAUUGGUCACCCCCAGCACUACCCUCCGAGCAUGUUCAGCAGCUUAAAGGGCUUGGCCUCCUGGAUAAGAGGAGAGGAAAUAAUGUAUGAUUCAAUUGAUAUGAUGGUUGUUUAUUGGAUUUAUCACAGUUGGAUACAAUUUAUGUUCUGGGCUACUGAUGAUUAUGUUAUUGGUGAUAUUAUAAAGUGAAUUCUUUAUGAUUAGUAAAA